AGAAAUUCCUAGCCGAGAAGGGGUCGCCUCUGCUGGCCAACAUUUACCCUUACUUCGGCCGGAAGGGCGACCCGGCCCAUAACACUCUGGCGUACGCUCUGUUCACGGAGACCAACCCGAAUUCGGCCGGGUACCGAAACCUAUUUGAUGCGAUGCUCGAUUCCAUGCGGGCCGCGGUUCAAAAGGCCGGUGGCCAGAAUGUGAGAAUCGUCGUCUCCGAGAGCGGGUGGCCGUCGGCCGGCGGCUUUGACGCGUCGCCGGAAAACGCUGGAACUUAUUACAAAAAACUAAUUGAUCAUGUGAAGAGAAACUCAAUCGAGACGUACCUGUUUGCCAUGUAUGAUGAAAACAAGAAAAGCGGGGAUGAAAUUGAGAGGCAUUUUGGACUUUUCCACCCGGGCCAGAGUUCGAAGUACCAAAUUGCCCUCAAUUAGCUAAAUGAAUUUAUUUAAUUGUGAAACUAUGUUACACUUAAUGAAAUAAUCAGUUCAUGCAUUAAAAUAAUGAUGAAAGAAAUACGAAGUACUAUUAUUAUUACUUAAUACUCCGUAGUAUUGUUGUUGUUGUAAAACGUUCCGUAUAAUAUAAUUGUGUCUUCUUUAGUUUAUCUUUUAUCUUAGAGGUGUUUACCUUUUUUAUUAAGUCCGGAUUAAAUUAAAAAGUUUGUCUGGAUUAAGUGAUAUUUGUA